AUGCAGACUAUCAAAUGUGUCGUCGUGGGCGACGGAGCAGUGGGCAAGACGUGUCUGCUGAUCAGCUACACGACAAAUGCGUUUCCGGGAGAGUACAUUCCGACGGUCUUUGACAACUACUCGGCCAACGUCAUGGUCGACGGCAAGCCCGUCAGCCUCGGCCUGUGGGACACGGCCGGCCAAGAAGACUACGACCGUCUGCGCCCGCUCUCGUACCCACAAACCGACGUCUUCCUCAUCUGCUUCUCGCUCGUCAGCCCACCAUCGUUUGAGAACGUGCGGACAAAGUGGUGGCCGGAGAUCUGCCAUCACGCGCCGAACAUCCCCAUGAUUCUCGUCGGCACCAAGCUGGACCUGCGCGAGGACGGCGAGACGAUUGGCAAGCUGCGCGAGCGGCGCAUGCAGCCCAUUGCCUAUGCGCAGGGCAACGCCAUGGCGCGCGACAUUGGCGCCACGCGCUACCUCGAGUGCUCGGCGCUGACGCAGAAGGGCCUCAAGGGCGUGUUCGACGAGGCCAUUCGCAGCGUCCUUGCGCCGGCGCCGAUCAAGGCCAAGAAGAAGCGCAACUGCACGAUUCUCUAG